GCAGCAGCAUGGACGCGCUCUGGACGAACGCGGGAAGCAUGCCCAUUGCCGACAUUGUCAAGGCCAACGUGCAUCGCACGGACGUGGGCGAAGCCGGUACGCGCGCGUGGACCGACGCCCUCUUGGCGGACCUCGUCGCGCAGUGCGACCUCGUCGAUAGCAGUGCGUCGCCGACGGCAAUUCCCAACGAAAGCCAGCUCGGCACGCUCCUCUCGGCGGCCGGCCUCACCAUCCGGUAUGUCACCGAAACGAGCGUCUUCAAGUCGUACCUCGGAGCGUUUGAAGCCGUCUUUCUGCGCGUGCUGCGGCUCACGCACUGGACCAAGCCAUACUUGGGCCUCAAGAUGGUGGCGCUGCGCGGCUGCACGCGUCUCAUGGAGUGCUUUGAGUCGACGAGCGCGUCGUUGGCGCCAGUGCUCUUGAGUUGGACGCACACACUGCUGGUGCAAUGCGCGCUCGACUCGCUCUCGACGCAGCUGCUCUUUCGCCCGACGUGCGAGCUCCUCAACGUCUUGGUGCAAACCCAGCCGUCGGCGGCGUCGACCCUCUUGACCGAGGUGCUCCCCGAGAUCCUCGAGCUCCACACGAGUGUCUUUGUGACAUCGACCGACUACCACAACGAUAUUGUCGAAUGGAACACGCUGGCGAACGUGGUGCUCGACCAGCUUUUCCCAGCGCUCCCGAGUGCGCGCCAGCUCAUGACGGCCACCGCGUCGUCGACGCCGUCGCGUGGCCUGCCGUCGCGUGUGCCACCAGCGACGUGGAGGGCGUUUCUCGAAACGCUGCCGUCGCUCACGGACGUGGCCUCCAUCGCCGCGAUCCUCCCGGCCCUCUACCGCCUCGCGGUGGUCGAGUACGGCGGCGAUGUCGCGAACGAGACGUUUAAUCUCUUCCUCUCGCAUCUCCUCGAUGGCUUGCGCGCCUUGCCGUGGGACCACCCGAGCCAGCUCGAGCUGGGCCAUGGCCUCGUCGAGAGCGUCCGGGACCUCUUGAUCGCCGGGCAUUUGCAGCAGCAAGCUCUAGCGCCGGACGCGGACGUGUUUUCGACGCUCGAGGCGCUCGUGCACAAGCUUCCCGAGCUGGCCAAAGACCGCAUGUUUAAAGGCGUCAAAGCAAUGUUGCCCGACCUCCGCGACGCCACGACCGAGGCAUUUAUUGCGCUCAUGUAUUGCAUGGGACGCGAUUUUUGGGACCUCCAAGCGGCGUUUGUGCGGGACGUGGCCAUGAAGCUCGCGGAUCCGCUUGUGUUUGGCGACGUGCUCUUUGUGCUGCGUCCGUCCAGCGACGCCAAGUACGAACCGUACGAGCGUCUCGUGUCGACGACCGUCGCGAUGCUCCAGAAGGGCCUCCAGCAGCUCCAUCGGUACUCCAAGCCCAUGGCACAGCGGCUUCUGGGGUCGGUGGGCCACACGGUCGCGGGCGCCGGGCCGUUCAUCGCGCCGUAUGUCGCGGACGUGGCCGAGACGCUCGUGGACCUGUACGGCACGGGCUCGAACUCGCUUCAAGACCUUUUUGUCGUCGCGCUGACCCAUUUGUAUGUCGCGUCGCCGUUCACCGAGACUGAUCUCGUGCAAGGCUAUUGCGACAUUCUCUCGACGUCGGUGCUGGACACCAAAGCGUCGGGCCUUGAGAGUUUGGCCAUGCUCUUGGCCAAGGAUGCGCCGUGGGUGGUCCGCACGCUGCCCGCACCGUUUUGGACGGCGUUCUUGGAGACGUGCACGGACGCGCUCUCGUCGUUUCCCGUGUUUGAAGAGGACGUGCCUGUGAUCGUGCGUCAGCUGCAGCUCUGCACGCAAUUGCUGCCGCACCAAAGCAACAUGGACGCGUGGAACACUAACGUGCUCUUGCCGAUGGUCGCCCAUUUCCACGACGUCGUCUGCGACGAAGGGUUGAUCGAGGUCCAAGACGCGUCCCAGAUGCUGCUCGACGCGCUGCAACGCCGUUGAUCGACAGUCUAGUACUUUUGCUAUUACUCGACGACACAAUUCUGUCUGUAGCGACAAUAUUACGGCGUUGUGUCUCGUUAAAAAAAAUGGACGUUAUUAAGAGUUGG